GCAGGGCUCAUUUUCUAUAUAAAUAUCAGCUAACAAGAGACUCUUCACCAGAUCCCAGAGGCUGAACAGCUCGACCUUCUCUGCACAGCGGGUCCAGCAUCCUUUGAAGCAUGAGUUUUUACCAGGAGAAGCAGACCUUUGCCCCACCACCUCAGCUUCAACAGCACCAGGUGAAACAACCCAGCCAGCCUCCACCUCAGGAACCAUUUGUUCCCAUAACCAAGGAGCCAUGCCACCCAAAGGUUCCACAACCUGGAAACACAAAGAUUCCAGAGCCAGAUUGCACCAAGGUCCCUAAGCCAGGCUGCACCAAAGUCCCUGAGCCAGGCUGCACCAAGGUCCCUGAGCCAGGCUGCACCAAGGUCCCUGAGCCAGGCUGCACCAAGUUCCCUGAGCCAGGCUGCACCAAGGUCCCUGAGCCAGGCUGCACCAAGUUCCCUGAGCCAGGCUGCACCAAGUUCCCUGAGCCAGGCUGCACCAAGGUCCCUGAGCCAGGCUGCACCAAGUUCCCUGAGCCAGGCUGCACCAAGGUCCCUGAGCCAGGCUGCACCAAGGUCCCUGAGCCAGGCUGCACCAAGUUCCCUGACCAAGGCUGCAUCAAGUUUCCUGAGCCAGGCACCAUUAAAAUCCCUGAGCAAGGAUACACCAAAGUUCCUGAGCCAGGCUACACAAAGGUACCAGAGCCGCAUCCUUCAGUGGUCACUCCAGGUCCAGCUCAGCAGAAGACCAAGCAGAAGUAAUUUGGUGCACAGACAAGCCCUUGAGAAGCCGACCACCAGAUGCUGGACACCCUCUUGCCAUCUGCUUCUGUGUCUUAAUUGUCUGUAGACCUUGUAAUCAGUACAUUGUCACCCCUAGUCAUAGUCUCUCUCUUAUUUGUACCCUAAAAAUAUGUACUAUGAAGCUUUUGCUUGCACACGCUCUGAAGAAUCCUGUAAGCCCCUGAAUUAAGCAGAAAGUAUUAGUGGCUUUUCUGGUCUUCAGCUGCUCAGGGUUCAUCUGAAGAUUCGAAUGAAAAGAAAUGCAUGUUUCCUGCUCUGCCCUCAUUAAAUCGCUUUUAAUUCCA